AUACGGCUUUGAUAAUAGAUAAUAAUCAUGGCCGUUAGCAACUGUCGAUGGUGCAUGUGAAUUUUAAAAUAUGAUAAUUUCUCUUAAUAAUUUAAAUAUUAUCUACAGUUUCUAAGACAUUCAAAUUAUAUGUUUAUUAUUUUUAGCAGUUCUUUUUAUUAUUUAUAUGAUCUUACGUAGAUCAUUUUUUACAGGUUUUAUUCUAAACGCCUUAUAAACUUAACCCCCAUCGUUCACUGAACGAUUUAACUUAAAAGAAACGAGUCAUGAACAUAUUGUUAUAUCAAAAAAGUUGAAUUAUUAUAAUUCGUAUGAUAACUAUUGGGUGAAAAUGUGUCCGUUAAAAUGGAGGUUACAUUUAUUCUUGUUAUGUACAGUAAUAUUGAGCAGCUGUGUGUUAGAUUCAUUUUGUUUAGAAGUGAUAUAUGCAGUAAACGCUGGAGGUGAAUCUCACACCGAUAGUUAUGGAAUUCGUUAUGCUAGAGAUCCUUUAAUGGGAAAAGUCGGUACUGCUUCUGACUAUGGCAAACAGUUACUCAUUGGACGCGUCAAUAGCGCGGAUCAAAUAUUAUAUCAGACAGAACGUUAUCAUCAUAGUACUUUUGGAUACGAUAUACCUAUAAGCGAAGAUGGAGAAUAUGUCAUGGUCCUAAAGUUUUGUGAAGUUUAUUUUAAUUCGCCAAACAUGAAGGUAUUUGAUGUUGUAUUAAAUGGAGAUCAUACGGUAGUCACAGAUUUAGAUAUUUUUGAAAGAGUUGGCAGAGGUAUUGCACAUGACGAAUAUAUUCCAUUCAAAGUGCAAGAUGGUAAAUUGAUAUAUAAUGAUGAAGAAUCUGAUAUAUUAGCAGGAAAAAUAAGAGUUGAAUUUAUAAAAGGUUAUAGAGACAAUCCUAAAAUAAAUGCAAUUGCAGUUAUUAAAGGAAAAAUAGAAGAUAUUCCUCAAUUAGGUCCAAUUCCUCAAGAAGCAGAGGAAUAUCACAAUAUACAGGAGGAUGAAGAAGAAUCAACGGUUCGAAGUAGGCAUACGAGUGGACCUCGUACUCCAGAUCCUUAUUCCAUCGAUGAUUCUUCUGUUAUGUUACCUGUCUUUGUAGCAAUAGGAGCUUUUAUACCUCUUUUAUUUUGUUUAUGCAGAUUGUAAUUUCUCGGUUCAUAUUUCAUGCACCGAAACGUAAUGUACUUAAUAUUGAUGAUGUUCUCAACUGCCUACAUUACUUUAAUGUACAAAAGAAUGCGUAAAUGAAUGAAAGGUAGCGAUGCACGUUCCUUUCUAUUUUGCGUUCUAACGUUAAAUUAUUAAGAUACAAAUAUUUAUUAUUAAUUUAUAUAGAUGAGCACAUAAAAGCGCGGUACGUGUACGUGAUUUGUCAAUAGAAUUAUUGAUAUAAUCAAUAGAAAAGUACGAGAGUUCGACGAGGAUAUAGAUUUAUGAAACUAUAUUUUAUGUUCUUUUCUUUUUUUUUUUUUUUCAAAUCUUCUUACUUUUACAAAAGAUGUAAAAUGUAAUUUUACAUUUCUUUAACUUCACCUCGCACACAUACACACAGCAUAAUUGAUAGCUUUAGCUAUUGAAAGCUUGUAGCGCAUAAUCGAUCAAAUGCAAAACUAAGUUAAACGUAUAAAUCAAGCCAAAAUGAAGUUUAGUCGAUAGCCCAUAUUAAAUAUACCAAAGGACAAAUCUUUAAUCUUUUGCAAAUGAGAGCAAAUAAAACUGUUACUAUUACAACAUUCGGCUGUCAUAAUUUUCAUUCGUCGCUGUUCAUUCAUAUUUGAUGAAGAUCCAUUCGUUAUUUUAUCGUUUAAAUAAUCAUCUUUAUUUUAUACACCGUAGAACAAAGUCCAGUGUUUGGUAAUAAUUAAAUAUUAUAUAAAUACAUUAUUGUCAACACGCUAUCAAGCUAAUGAAGAUUAGAAUUUAUCUGAAUUUAGAAUCUUCUAUCAUAUUUUCGAUCUCAAAAUGAAGGCCCUUGUCAAAAAGAUCACGAUUAAGAAAGUAUAUCGUAAUCGUAUGUACAAAAAAAAAGAAAAAAAAAAAAAAAAGAAAGAAAAAACAAAAGAGUAUGUCAGAUUUUUUUCUUGAUCGAAAAAAGAAAGAUUAUCUUCUUAAAAGAAAAAUAUAGAUUCGCAUAUCUCAUUACAAUACUCUCGGAGUCUAAUCUAAAGCAAAUUUGCUUUCUCGACGAUCGAGCGUUAAGAGUCCCCCUGUGCGAUCGUCGUCCAAUCGGGAUAUACACGUCGGUACAAGUGCCAACUUCCGCAAAUUCACGGUACUGCAAAGUAUCAUUCGCUUAUCAAACGGUGCUUUUAAAAUGCCGUUGUAUAUCGAUCAUGCCGCGGACCGCGAUCAACAAAAGGGGAAGACUUGCAACAAAUUCAAUUGGCCGUCGGGCCACUUCGAAGGAUUUUGUAGGUGUGCUACACAUACGUGUUAACACGUACGUGAAGCUCGUACGGUUCCUUAAUGGGAAUAAGCUCAUUCAUCCCAUGAAACGGAAGAUCACGUGACUGCCGAUCGUCUAGGUCUUUGAUGUAUGGUCAUCACUGGCAAUUAGCUGUCAAUUCAAGGCCGUACUUAUAGCUUGGAAGACCCGACGUCAUAGCCUCGAGUACCACCGUAUUAUAUUGUUCCCUAACUUGAGAAAAAAAAAAAAGAGAGAAGAAAGAAAGAAAGAAAGAAAGAAAGAAAGAAAUUUACUCUGAUCGUUAAAUCAAAUAGAUUUCUCAGUUAACGAUGCAUUUAAAAGAUCUUAAUAUUAUAUUAAAAUCUUCUUGAAUUUUUGAUAACUCUACGUAUAUAUCUAUAAUUACGUAAACAUAUUCUUAGAAUACAUUUAAAAUUCUUAUUACACUUGCGGAUUAAUUAUCGUGCAUUGUAUCACGAUAUAAAGACGAUAGUAUAGAGAAGAUCGUAUUUUACGAUAAAUAACAACAAACUUCUUACCUUUAUUCUAUUAAUAUCGAUUAAAUUAUAUCAAUUUCAAUUUAAUAUAUCUAUUAAGAUGGUGUAAAAAGUAUAAUACGGGUGAUAAGCGAAUAGUAUUUUUUACAUUUUAUAUUUGAUUUAUUUUUUUUGAUUAGACGACACAACUCUGUUCAUACAACGUUGAGCGAUGGUGUACUUAAUACAUAUGGCUGCGUGUCCGUUAAGUGCGAACGUCAACUCGAAUUCAUGCAUAUACCAAACUCAUCUCUCUUUCUUUCUUUCUCACUCUCACUCUCUAUUUCUAUCUCUCUCUCUCUCUCUCUCUCUCUUUCUUUCUCUUUCUCUCUCCUUCCCCCAAGGGGGACGGCUUUAUUAAAAUCACAGACAGCAGAGAUAUGAUAGGGAACACGACGGCCAGAAAUAAAAUAUAUAAGAGUCAAAGACUUUGAUAUAGUGUGUCAAAUAUUUUUUUAUGUUAUUACUUUCUCUUUGAUAAUGAUUAUCAUUGUUUGAAAAAAAAAAAAAAAAGAAAAAACAAAACAAAUUCUAUAUAU